AUGAAUACUGAUCAUCCAGACGCACACAAACCUGUACAGGAUAGGUUGAAGACAGAUCAUGAACCACCAGGAAUUGAUGUCGUCAAGAAAGAUGCUGAUAUUAACAUUGAUGUCAGGUCUCUCGAAUACAUUUUGACCUAUGAGCAUCUUAUAUGCCCAAUUUGCAAAACACCAUUUAUCAACCCAUACACAACCACCUGUGGUCACACCUUCUGCAGGAGUUGUCUAUUUGAAGCUCUUAGGUCUCCUCUCGGGUGUAGAUGUCCAUUGGAUCGUAUUCCACUUCAUGUGAAUGACAGACUUUUACACAAUGAUGACUUUUCCAAUGUAACAUCAUACGCACAACAAAACGAUGAUAAUUCCUCUAGUAUCAACUCGGAUGACGUCAGGAACGAUGACGAAGAUGUGGGAAGUGCUGCAGAUAAUGAUAUAUUCCCAGCUCCUAUAAUAAUUUCAAACAUAGCGGAUGAUUUGAAGGUGUGGUGCAUUAAUAGAAAGCGAGGAUGUACGUGGACUGGACCAAGGUGGGAAAUAAGGACACAUGUCUUGAAAAGCUGCCUUUAUACUAGAAUCAUUUGUGGAAGAAAGGGACGCGAUGGUAAGCCAUGUAAGAAAUUAUGCGAAAGAAGAUUUCUCACCGGUAACAGCGGGGAUGAUGCUAGCAAUCAUGAAAGCAAUGAUACACAAAAGGAACUGAGUUGCCCGCAUGUAGAGCAUCCCUGCAAAUUUUGCAAGAAAAUGAUAAGCACAGUCGAUUUGGAAUGGCAUUUAAAUAAUGAAUGUACACGGAACGUCAAAUGCUGCCAUGGGUGCAAUCUGGAAUUUCCUGUGAAGACAUUUCAGGCUCAUGAAAAGUAUUGUGAAAAGUUGCAUGUAAGAUGCCCUGGAUCCAGAUUUGGCUGUACAUGGAAAGGAAGUCGAGAGUUACUACUGAAAGUUCAUCGACAGGAGUGCAUAUUUAUAAAGUUGUCAGGGUAUUUGGAGAGUCAAGAAGAAAAAUUGAAAACGAUUUCUACAGAAAAUGCAUUCCUAAAGACUGAAAUGUCAAAUAUUUUGGAUUCUGUUAUUCAAGGCCGGGUGAAAAACCUUGGAUUUCAGAUGGACAUGGAAGAGAUUUCUUCUGACUCAGAGAGGUUAGCAGAACUUAAUUUUAAAGAUAACAUUAACGAUGAGGGUUCCGGACUCCGUUUUGAUUUUGAAAAGCUUCGGCUAGGGACACAACGUGCUAAAAGAGCAUUGAAAGAACUUGAACUGAGCAAAAAGAUAAUAACGGAUUUGGCCGUUGAUAAUUAUCAAAUAAAGGAAGAACUUAAGAAUCAGAAAAUUGCUAUGAAUACUAUUCAUCAGCAACUUCAAUUUGUGCUUAUGGACAGAAAAAGAUUAGAUAACAGGAUUACCAAGCUGGGAUCCGAAUCAAACUUGACAAAUGUGGAUUUGCCCGGAAGCAAGCUCAGCAAUAAGUUAUAG